GCUGGCAACGCACUUCAUGUGCAUCGCUGGUGGAGAGCGCGCUGCCUUCAGCUCAUUCGCCCCCGCUCACUCAUUCGGCGUUUUGCAUUGGCAGCCUAGCAUUCAACCACCUCUGUCCAACAGUAUCUUCACCUGAUCCAGCUACUGGUUGUCGCCAAGAUGCCUCGUUGGAGUCCAGUGCUCCUGUCAACGCUGGCGCUAGCCACUCUUGCACCCGUGCAAGUGCAUUCCUCCAGUGCCAACCAAAUGGACUUUGCAGCUUGUCCGAUCCGACACAGUCCCGAAUACUAUUGCUGCGAGUACUCGGAGACCACCAAGGUGCUCUACACCAAGUAUAACCGGCCAUCAGGCGGUGACUACGAGUCGUACUACAUCGAUGGCUGGAACAAACAGCGCCAAGUGAACUUCCCGUACGUCAUGUAUCAUCCGCAGACGCCCAAAUUCUACUACAAUGAUCCCAGCACAAUCUGUCGAGUGCAGGCUGUGGCCAACACGGAAACGGACGAGUUGACGGAAGAACUGCAGUGUGCCGACACGAAUUCAUCGCUAGUAGCUGCGUCGCAAGAUAGCACCGUCUUCUGGACGUACUCGGCCAAUGUGCGCAAUAACAACGCAUCCUUCCCCGUGGGCGCUACCUGCUACAGCAUCAUGCUGCGUGACGGCUCUGUGGAUUCGGAUCUCAAGGCUGCUUGUGUAUCCGCAUCCACGUCCACGACUCCACGCUUCACCACGUACACAGAGACCCCGUUGGUUGUGAUCUAUCUGUUGUAUCUCGCGUUCUUCGUGCUGCUCGGUGGCUGGACCGGUUACAAGACCUACAUGCAGACGACCAACCUGUCCGUGAACGAGAUGAACAAGAAGCUCAUUGCUACCCCACAGACGCCGUCAAGAGCUGUCGCGGGUAAUGCCAACGGUCAUCACACGGGCGUUCGUGCCUCGGACACGCGGAUGCAGAUCGAAGCUAGCGAGGGACUCCUACAGACGGGUUUCUCGAACUCUUACCUCGGCACGUUCGUGUUCGGCUGUGUGGUGGUUGCUUCGCUGGCUUUGAAUGCGCUGCUUAUCGUCAUUAUCGCCGACUACUACGGACGCUUCGACCCGCCGCUCUUUGAUGCGUCGGAGGACAAUGCCGUCGUGUUCAUUGUCAUGUGGGUCAUCACCUCGAUCUGGUUUGUGACUAUCGUAGCGCUACAAGACCGGAUCUACAACUUCUUCCGACUGCGUGUUCCACUCGACAAGUGCGAAUUCGUCUACAUGUUGAAGCGCGACGACACGGAAGUACUGCUCGCCGAUCGCUCGGGCGUGUCGGAUUUCGUGUCCAAGAUCGAGAACUUCUUCGCCUCCAAGGGAAAGAUCAGCGGAUACCGCACGACGGUGCCUGUUAUCGAAGUGGGCGGACUCCGUAUCGUCGAGUUCCAGCACUUGCGCUACGUGUACGAAGAGAAUGAAGGCAGGUUCGUUCCCGGAGCUGUCGCGCUAGGAAACAACUACGAUGACAUUCUGCAUGAGGCGAAGGGGCUGUCGGAUUCGGAGGCUGAACACCGUAUCAACACGGUUGGCUAUAACUCAGUUGACGUCGAGAUGCCGUCGCUGCCGGUAUCUAUUGCACACGAAUUCUUCACACUGUUCUACAUCUACCAGAUCAUGUGCUACUACGUCUGGUAUUACUUCACGUACUGGAACAUGGGUAUCGUCAUGACGGUUGUGGUCUUGGGCGCUGCCGUAGUUAACAUCUACACGCAGCGUCAGAUCCAGUCGUCCAUUGUCAAAAUGACCCGUUAUCGCACGGAUGUGACGGUGUUCCGCGCUGGUGAAUGGCGAGUGUUGUCAUCUCCUGAUCUGGCUCCCGGUGAUCUGGUGAAGGUGUCUGAGAACUGGGUGGUGCCGUGCGAUAUGGCCAUCGUGAAGGGCACGACGGUGUGUGACGAGUCCAUGUUGACUGGUGAAUCGAUGCCGGUGCAGAAGUUCCCGAUCCCGGAGCGCAGCUCGGAAGUAUACGAUCCUGAGAAGGGCAGCAAGAAGCACACGCUGUUCGCCGGCACUCGCGUGUUGUCUUCGGGUCGCAAUGAGGAGAUCCUGGCUAUUGUGCAGACAACCGGCGCACACACGACGAAGGGCCAGUUGAUCCAGUCGAUCCUGUUCCCGAUCCCGAUGCGUUUCAAGUACAACGAACACCUCAAGGUGUUGAUCACAGCGCUCUUUGUUUACGCCGUGGUUGCGUGCAUCCUGAUCGUCAACUUCCUGCUGAGUAACGGUAACUUGAGCAACCGUUUUGCUGCAUUCUGUUAUGCUAUCUUCAUGCUCUCGUGCGUCAUUAGUCCACUUCUACCCGUUGUCAUCACUGUCGGUCAAGUGAACGCCUCACAGAGGCUCCAGAAGCUUGAUGUCUUCUCGCUCAACGUGCAGCGUAUCACUCUCGCCGGUAAGGUGCGCAUCUUCUGCUUCGACAAGACCGGCACGCUCACUAAGCAGGGACUCGAUUUCCUGGGCGUGCAACCUGUCCAGAACAACCUGUUCACUCCCAUCGUCAACGACGUCAAGGACGCACCGUCAUCCGAAGAACUGCUGUACGCCCUGACAACGUGCCACUCGGUCGGUUCGCUUGAAGACCGUCUCGUGGGUAACGAAGUGGAGGUGCGUAUGUUCACGGCGACGGGCUGGGAACUGGUCGAGAAGGAAGGUGUACAGCCGUACGUGCGGUCGAAGGUGGACCCAGGACUGGAACUCGAGUUCGUCAAGCGCUACGACUUCGAUCACCACCGCAUGUCCAUGAGCGUCGUGGUGCGCAACCGCAAGAGUGGCAAGUACUACGUGUUCUGCAAGGGUUCGUACGAGCGCAUGCAGCAACUGAGCACACCGGGAAGCGUGCCGGCCGACUACAAGAGCGUGGCUGACCGUCUGGCCAAGGACGGGUGCUACGUGCUGGGUCUGUCGUACCGCGAGCUGCCGAGCGACUGGACGCACGACCAGGUUGUCGAGUUCGCCGACAACCGCGAGGCCGUGGACGAGAAUUUGUCGCUGCUGGGUCUCAUCCUGUUCCGCAACGAGCUGAAGGACGACACAGCGGACGCCAUCGCCAAGCUCAAGGCCGGCGACAUCCGCACGGUCAUGAUCACGGGUGACAACGCCAUGUGCGGCUGCUACAUCGCUCGCCAGAGCGGCAUGGUGUCGUCCAGCUCGCGUGUGAUCCUGGGUGAGAUGGUGUCGACGACGGAGGUGAAGAAGCUGGUAUGGCGCGACGUGGACUCGGAGGAGGAGUACGACCUGCCGGCUGUGAAGAACCUUGUCGAACGCGGUGAAGACGUGGAGCUGGCCGUGACGGGCGUGGCGUUCGACUACUUGGUGUCGAUGGGCGAGAUCAAGGGUUUGCUGCUGCACAUCCGUAUCUACAGUCGCAUGACACCCGACGGCAAGGUGGAGUGUGUGAAGCUGCACAUGGAGACGGGUGCGGUGACUGGCAUGUGCGGCGACGGUGGCAACGAUUGUGGUGCUCUUCGUUUCGCGCACUGUGGUGUGGCUCUGAGCGACGCCGAAGCUUCGGUUGUGUCGCCGUUCACGAGCAAGUCGAAGACGAUCCAGUCGGUGGUUGAUCUGUGCCGUGAAGGUCGCUGUAGCUUGGCCACAUCCUUCUCGUCCGUCAAAUUCCUGAUCGUUUACGGCCUCAUUGAGUCCGUCCUUCGGUUAUUCCAGUACUACCAUGCCGUCAUUAUGUCUCAAUGGUGCUGGAUCCUCGCGGACGGCUUCACUCUGGUAGGCUGUUCGUACGUCAUCACGUUGUCUAAGCCACUCAAGGAGCUGAAAGACACGCGUCCGACGUCCAGUUUGAUCGGACCCACCACGUUGCUCUCGAUCUUCGGCCAGGAGGCGAUCAACGUCAUUUAUUUGUGUUGUGGCGUUCACAUGCUCAUGAGCGAAGUCUGGUACUGUCCGUUCUCUCCGGACGACGUUGAUGUGGCCAAGUGGUGGCUGCUCUCGGACAAUCACAUGGCGACGGUGCUUUUCUUCUCGAUCAUCUUCCAGCAACACACGGCCGCGUGGACGUUCAGCUUCGGCUCGAUCUAUCGUCAGUCGAUCUGGUGUAAUUACCUGCUUCUGGUUUUCUUCGCUGCUGUCGGUGCUCUUGAUCUGUACCUGGUUCUUGGCGAGCCAAGCUCCCUCACCGACCAAUUCCGCAUUUCGAGUAGUACGAACGUCGUCGGACUGCCAGACGUGGCGAUGCCCAUGAGUUUCCGUCUCAAAUACUUCGGUAUCAUUAUGGGGAACCUGUUCACCUGCAUCCUGUUCGAGUACUUUGUGGUGCUGGGCCCUGUGCGCACGUAUUUCAGGAACAAAUACCACACGGACGUGCUACCGAUGCGAAAGUAACUCUAGCGCGUUGUUAUGCAGUUAAUAGAUAGGGCAUUCAGAGUCUGAAUCAGACCAAAUAUGAGAUUCUGUGGAAUCAGUUGGACGGCUGUCCGACUAUUUCGAAGUACAGUCGUGCACCUCCAA